CUGUUCUGCUGUCUACCGUAGCUAUUCUCAGUGCUACUGUAGGUAUGCUCUCCAGAGACUUUGGACUUCAGUUCCCCCGGGAUUCAAACAAGACAAUGUGAUCCGCACAUAAAAGUUCGGCAACAGCUGCAGAACGCAGAUCAAACGAGCGCAGCGUCAAAACGUGUCGUUGUCUCCUCGUUUGGCCUAGUGUUCACCCUCAUUGAAGCUUCUUCCUGUGGGUGCUACACUACUUUUAUUGGAGGAGCUGUGGCCUGCACCGACUGUAGCUGAGGAGGCUCCAGCUAUGGUUUCGAGCGCUUUAGAGAAGGAGCGGAGGACCGCGAUCGGGCAGAAGCCGAUGUUCCCUGGGUUCAACGAGCUCUUGUACAGCGACAAGAGCGACAACUUUGAGGAUGGCCGCAUCAAAACGGACGACCCGGACCCGCUCGACCAAAUGACGUUACGCAACCAGGUGCAGCUGAGCACGUAUGGGAACGGGGUUGGGGAGGGCCUCAAGGAUCUGAUGCGCUUCAUGAACGACCACUUGAGAGGCGCUAUCGGCAGUGUGCACCUGCUGCCAGUGUACCGCUCCUCCGGCGACGGCGGCUUUGCGCCAAUCGCUUAUACGGACAUCGACCCCAAGUUCGGCACAUGGGAUGACGUCAAGGAGAUUGCUGACCGGUACGACCUGUGCGUGGAGUUCAUGGUUAACCACAUUUCCCCCGACUCGGACGAGUUUCAGGACUUCCUGGCGAAGGGCGACGACUCCGAGUUUGCGGACAUGUUUGUUGACUGGGACAAAUUUUGGCCGAAAGGUCGGCCCAACGAGAACGACAAGAAGCUGAUCCGGUGCCGCAACGAUAAGGAGCCCGUUUUGGAGGUGGAAAUGAAGGACGGGAGCAAGAGACGUCUCUGGUGCACGUUUGGCCCCGAGCAGAUUGACAUCAACCCGAUGACGCGUGUCGGUUGGCAGUUCAUAGAGCAGUCCAUCUCCAGUCUUCGAGACAACGGGGCGAGCGUGAUCCGUCUCGACGCCUUCGGGUACUUCACCAAAAAGCUUGAUACGCGCUGUUUCUUCGAGGAGCCUGAGGCGUGGGAGUUGCUGGACAAGAUGGAGAAGCUGGUGCAGGAGAAAGGGAUCAGGUUGUUGUGCGAGGUCCACGAGGAGUACAAGACCAACCUGAAGAUCGCGGACAAGGGCUACUGGGUGUACGACUUCGCGCUGCCGCUGCUUGUCCUCCACGCGUUCUACUUCCAGACCGCGAAGAACCUCCGGCACUGGCUGCGCAUCUGCCCCCGGCGCCAGAUCACCGUGCUCGACACGCACGACGGAAUGGGCAUCGACGACAUCGCAGGGCUGGCGUCGGUCUGCGACACGGAGGAGCUGAAGAAGAUCGCAAACGACGCCACGUCCAAGGAGAAGGCCUCCAUCACCGCAAAAUACCUGUACGACCCGGAAAAAGCGGGCUACGUGUCGAUCGACCACCAGAUAAACUGCACGUACUUCUCCGCCUGCGAGGAGGACGAGCACUCGUAUUUACUGGCACGUGCCAUCCAGUUCUUCUGCCCGGGGAUCCCCCUGGUUUACUACGUGGGCAUGCUGGUCGGGUCCAACGACUUAACCCUGGUUAAGAAGGAGGGGACCGGGCGGGCCAUCAACCGGCACUUGUACUCGUACGAGCAGGCGGUGGAACAGGUGAAGCGCCCGGUGGUUCAGGCGCUGCUUGAGCUGUGCCGGUUCCGGAACCAGCACCCCGCGUUUGGCGGCGAGAUGAGCAUCGACGACGAUGCGCCCGGCCACGUGUUGGCCGUGACGUGGCAAAAGGACGACGAGAUCUGUAGACUAACCGCGGACUUCAAGACGAAGGAUUUUGAGAUUAAGCACACGGCGAAAGGCCAUAAGAAGGGAGACGAGUUGCGGUCCGUGAAAUUUAAAAGGGAAGAGGAAGGCGUGGAGGAGUUGAGCUUGUCCCACAAGAAGAAGGGGGACGUCGAGGUCACUGCGCCGCCAUCCUAGUUGUGUAAGUUGGGCUCGAAUCAACUUUUGGACUUUUGGAAUUGUAAGCAGUGUACUGCGCGCGUGUUGAGCUUUUAAGUUCCUAGUCAGGAAGUGGACAUGUUGACUUACGGUACACCAUAGUAGGUACACUCACCUUCCGCACAGGUCGUCACAGACGAGUUGAAACUAUACACUCCAUCAAUAUGAAUUGAUUGAAGCGGUGGGCCGCUUUCUUUGUUGCCAC